GUUAAGAUAAAAAGAGGUUCGGGUCAAAUCUGUUCAUUCUAUUACCAGCAGGACAACUAUAGGCUGCCUUUAGAAAAAAAUUGUUUAUGCAAGUGAAAACUCUUUCAAGCCUGCAAAGAUGAGGAUUGCCGUUAGUAUCAUUGCUCUUUUGAUGGCUGGGGUGCUGGUUGUGCCGUCUGAAGCAUCCUGGUUAGACGCCGUCAGUGACGCCUUUCGGGGAGCAGGCGACUUCGUUAGUGGAGCCGUUCGUGGAGCAGGCGACAUGUGGCGAAGCUACAGUGAUAUGCGUGAGGCAAACACCAUUGGUGCCGAUAAGUACUUCCAUGCCCGGGGCAACUACGAAGCUUCUCAGCGAGGAUCAGGAGGUAGAUUCGCUGCCAGAGUUAUCAGCGAUGCCCGCGAAGGAUGGCAGGGAGGGGUGAGCGGCCGUGGUGCCAAGGAUACCCAAGCAGACCAGGAAGCCAACAGAUGGGGGCGCAAUGGCGGUGACCCUAACCGUUACAGACCAGCUGGCCUCCCAGAUGGAUAUUAAACAAUCUUUCUCACAACAAAAAUAUGGAAACAUUUUCCCAGCCGUAGUUUAAUGUUAACUGAAACAUUGAUUAAGCUCGCUGUGUUAAUAUAUUAACCACUAGGCUUAAAAUAAAAAGAUGUUGUACUGCCCUUUAGGUGCCAAAACAUGGGUCGG